UGCAGUUCAAUACUGCCAAUGGCACUUGUGAGAGGCGAAAGUGCUUUUGUUGGUGUUUUCCAAUAAAACUGGUUCUAAAUAAAUAUUCCUAAAUUACACAGCAAUUUGUUAUAAGUUAUGAUGGGUUCAUGUGCGCGUGUUUUCGGCAAAUAUGUCGUUAAAUGAAAAGGAGAGCCUAUAACAUAUUUCGCAACAAUUAUAGUUGAUCGGAUAACGCGGUGUUUCUGGUUAUUUUACACGUGUGAUUUUCAGUAGAGAUGCCGGCAUCAACCGUGGAUCCCGUUAAUGCUGCCCUCCGAACAGCAUUAUCAAAAAAUGAAUCCACCGAAAAUUUAGACAUACAAUUAGCGGGAUCUUCGAAAAAAGCCUUGCUGUCCAAUAUCGAGUUCGAAUCGGCUGGGAGCUAUCAUAAUACUGUCUUAGAUAGGCUAAAAUCGAAAUAUAUAGUGCUCAGAAGUCCUGAAUCACCACCCCCAAGUAAACCUGAAGAUGACAUGAACUCCAGUGAAUCCUUAAAAUUAGCAAAAUAUGAACUAUUUCCACUGAGCGAUGUACAACUCGGUUGGAAUAACUGUGAUUGGUCUGUUGGUGCUGGAAUGGUUAAUAUGGGAAAUACAUGUUAUUUAAACUCUACUCUGCAAGCUCUCUUUCAUGUACCAGCUUUUGUUAAUUGGUUGAUGUCAGACAAAGAUCAUACUGCCAUCUGUCAAGAUUCAGGAGGUCUCUGUAUAAUCUGCGCGAUGCGCAAAACUCUCCAAGACUCACAACAACGUAACGCCAACUCGAUCCGUCCAUUGUUGAUCUACAACAAAUUGAGAUUGGUGUGUCGAAACCUCAUACCCGGUCGACAGGAAGACGCCCACGAGUUCUUGAGAUAUCUAGUCGAAGCGAUGGAGAAAGCAUUCUUGAGCCGGUUCAACAAUUAUACCGAAUUCGACUCGAAAGUCAAAGAAACCACCCCUCUGAAUCAAAUUCUCGGGGGGUACCUGAGGUCGGCGGUUAGGUGCUUGAAGUGUGGCCAUGUCAGUACGACGUUUCAGCAUUUUCAGGAUUUGUUGUUAGAUAUAAGAAAGGCCCAAACUUUGGACGAAGCUUUAGAAUUGUACUUUUCUAGAGAAAAGCUUGACGACGAAUCUUAUCAGUGCGAAUCUUGUCAGAAAAAGGUACCGGCCACAAAGCAGUUUUCGAUAGAACGGACGCCCAUGGUGCUUUGCAUCCAACUUAAAAGAUUUUCAGUUAGUAACAAUAAAAUAACGAAACACAUCAACUUUAGACAAAGACUGGAUCUAACGAAGUACGCUAGACAUCGCCCUAACGUACCUCUGAUCUACAGGCUCGUAGCGUUGGUCACGCACAUGGGCCCUACCGUCAGCUGCGGGCACUACACGGCCGUCGCGCAAGCACCUUCAGGGAAUUUCUUUCAAUUUGAUGACAGUAUGGUUAGACCAAUAUCCCACCAAGCAGUGUUCAACACCAACGCAUACAUUAUGCUAUAUGAGUUGGAAUCCUCGCCCUACUCACCUAAAUCUGCCCCCGCCACGGUAACUAGCAAACUGAAGACUUCAACCCCAACUGCCGAAACCAGUUCAGUGGCUUGUUCCUCGAAUUCCAGCACCGUAAAUUCGGUGACCGCCUCCACAAAGUCGUACGCCAACGGCAUUGGGUUUACUAGCGGGAAGGUUUAUGGUCCAGAACUGCCUCCGGAUAGGAUAGAGAAUAGUCGGAAUGGAUAUGUGACAAGCAGUAAUGGUAAAGGUGAAUCUGACAGCAGUACAUCUAGCUCAAGCGAAGAUUCGGACGCUGAUCAGGUCAUCGAGAAAUCAACAGUUAGUGAUAAUAGUAGUAAUAAUAGUAAAACAAUUAAAAGUGGUGUAUCUAAAGACAAAGACAAUGAUAUUAGUUCUACUUGCGACGAACCCGGACCUUCUUCCGCGUCCUCGCAGAGAAAGGAGUCUCCUCCAUCAUCGCCUAACGUUUCAACUAGCAUUUCGAGUUUGUCCAGCCCUGAAGUAACGCCUAAGAAAGAUUCUUCAUUGAGUCCAGUGUCGUCCUCGAAACAAAAAAGCAAAGAGAGUCCAUCAAAAUCGCAGAUAUCCAAACCGCUGGUACCGUACGAAUCGGAUGACACAAGUUCUUCAGAAGACUCGAAUCAAUCCCCCCACGAGAUGGGCUCAAGGGUAUCGACGAAAGCGGCCGUGGGUGAAUGGCAGGUGACUUCUUCGACUGAUGUAGACCAAGAACCUUCAAAAGGUAACGGUUGGAAGUCCAAGAAAGAGAAUGGACAAGGAAAUAAUCAGGGUAAUAGUAAGGUGGUAACUGAGCUGUUCAGAAUGUCACACAGCGGUUAUUCGGCCCCAGUUUCUUCGUGGAACGGUUCUAGAUCUCAGCUCGAUAAAGAGGUUCAAAACGAAAGGCGCGAGGACAGGAAGAGAGGGUUGCCGGAUAGUUCGGAUCAGGGUCGAACGAAACACGUCAAACUCGGAUCUACUUUUAAGUCAAAUCCAGGAUAUAAUCCUGUUCAAGAAUACCAUAACGUAAAAAACUGGAACAACCACAACAACGGUGGAGGUGGAGGGGGAAACUAUAAAUCCUUCUACAACGGCAACAGACACCGGCGCAUGUUCCACCACAAGAACUUUCACAAAAACUACCGCUAUAGACAGUGAUGGCACACUCGACUGCCUUGUGAAGUUUUAGCCUAGUGUAUAUUUCUGUAUAUUUUAAUUUUUAAUGUUUUUCGUGAGAAUAUGUACGGAAUAAUUGCGUGACAAGACAUCUCGGAACGCGACAGUUCAUAACCCCACAAAUGGUAACGGAGAAUUCGUAACGGCGACAGUUUGUAACGGCAAAAUUCGUAACGUCAAAAUUGAAUUAUUCUGUUUAUUUUUGUUAACGUGCAAACUAACUUUUAUUACAGUUACAAUUGAAAUUACGCUUAUCAAUUUAACGAUACAGCUUCAGUAACAUUUUUGACACAUUUCAUAUUUCAUGGAGAAAUGAAUUUUUAAACUUUUCUUAAAAUAAUUCUGUACUGAUACCUAAAAAGGUAAAGUAUUGAUCUUGACUAACUUUUUUCAUCAUCAUCGUUCCUCAACCUCUUGCAUCCACUGUUGGAUAUAUGUCUCCUCCAUAUUUUUCCAUUGUUCUCUAUCUUGUGCUUUCUCUAUCCAAUUUUCCACUGUUUUCUCAAGUCAUCCAUCCAUCUUUUUGGUGGUCUGGCUCGGUGUCAUUUAUCUUCUCUAGGUCUCCAUUCUAUGGAUUUAUUCUUGGUCCAUCUAUUAUCAUUUAAACGUGCUACAUGUCCAGUCUAUCUUCAUUUGGCUUGUGCAAUUUUUUCUAUGAUGCCUGUCACUUUAGUCCUCUCUCUCACUAUCCUAUUUAGUACCAUAUCUCUUCUUGUUAUUCCCAACAUUGCUCUUUCCAUUUUUUUUGGGUGACUCUCAAUUUAUUUGCAGAAUGUUUAGUCAGUGUUAUAGUGGAGUCACUGAAGGUUUUCACCUCCGAUUUCGUUGAACCUCCAUCGAUUUUCAUGAAAAUGGGUGAGUAAUUAGAGAAUACCUCAAGGAACAAAGGUGACAUGAUGCCAACUUGCGCUUUUACCCUAGGGGUGGAUGCCACCCCUUCUCGGGGGUGAAAAUUAUAUUAUUAAAAAUCUACCAUAAAUCGAUAGAGGGACAAAUUGUAAGCAAAAUUUGUUAUAUAAAGUUAUUAAUAUAAAUCAAUACUUUCUGAGUUAUUAAAGACCAAAGAUUUUAUUUUUUCGAAAAAAAAUGCAUGUUUUAAAUCCAAGCGGUCUAACUGUGUAUAAUUUUACAUGCAUCUGAUCUGCGACGGAACUGACGUCACAUACUGUUUACAAUUUCUGACGUGAAGUUGGCGUUGACAGGUGUUUUUGUGGUUAAUAAAUAAUAAAUAUUUUAUUUGGUGACAUUUUAAUGUAAAAUACAUUGUAAAACAGGUAACAUUAUGUAUUAAGGAAAUAUUAAGUCAAUAAUUUAACGCAUUCCUGUUGGUAAAUCAAGAAAUUAUUCUGGAAACCAAGAGUCGGCCAUUGUUAUGUCAAGUUAUUAGCUACUUUUUAUCAGCUACUUUGGACGCCAGAAUUUUGCUCAUAGGUUCUAUCCUGGGUGUUUUUAUAUCAAUGUUUAAAUCGGUUUUUCACAUAUAACUCAAAAACUAUAAGCUUUUACAAAAUAGUUAUUAUUACUGAAAUUGAUGACAAUAAAAAACUGAAUACAUUCCUCACUUAAAGCACUCAACUAAUGUUAGUUAAAAGUGAGUUAUUGGCAAUUAAAUGUGUAUUUUUUUAGACGAGUACUCAAAUCUAAGUAUUUAAGCUUAAAUAACGGGAAAACGAUGCAAUGUAUAAAAUAUACCUGCUAAUCAUUUGUCAACGUACUUAAUACCGUCAAAAUUAAGCAAGUUUUUUUUUUCUUUGAUUCUGGCUUUGGUUUAGAACUAGAACAUUUAGCCACGUAAUUGCAUAACUUAUCACUAAGUCAGGGGAGUAAUGUGUAGUGUGUGUGUUGAGUAAGUGUCUUGUUACUUUGCAAAGUCGACGUCAUUGUCUUUGCAAAGAGACGCUAAUUGUUUCCGAACGUCUGCGGUCCCUCCGGUGAGUACCGAUCCCAAAUUAAGCAAGUUAUGAUGAAACUAAAAGAACCCUCUCGAAUUUUGUAGGAAAACGUGAAAAAUAAAACAUACGCCAUUUCCACAAAAAUUAAAAUUUAUAGUAAUCCUUACAAGAACUUCUUUAUAUUAGCAUAAGUAAUGAUUUCAAUAAUUUUGACCGGUCUAGAAUGUAUAUUUUUGAAAAAAAAGAUAUAAUUUAAAAAAAUCAUAAUUUUUAAAAUUAUUGUAAUUUUCAUAUUCUUUUGAUAAUUUUGAUAAUAACUAAUUUUUAUUUUUUUCUGUGUCAAAUAUUCUACCUGUUUUACUAUUUCCAUAGGAUAAAAAAUAACCGAGAUAGAAAUGUUUAAAUCUUAAAUUUUGCUGUGAAAACCACGCAACCGGGGCCAUUUAACCUUUUAUUUUAAAAAAAGUAAAUUGUCUAAAAGACUAAAUUCAACGUGGUUAAAUAGCCCUUGGAAUUACCUUUCAAACGGUUUUUAGAUAAACCCGAUAUCGUAAAAAUAAACGGAGCUUAUAAAAAAAAACAAUAACACUUUUUGGAAAAAAUUUUAAAAGAUAAAUUUUGAAAAAAUUUUAGUGCAUAAAUUUUAAUGCUAUCAACAUGUUCGGGGGCUCAUUUGAUAGAUAUUUUUAAAUACUUUGGCAAAUGUUCAAUAAGUUUAUGUUAUAAAAUGCAUAAUUUUCCCGUUAUUUCAGCUUGAAUACUUAGAUUUUUUUACUCGCGGAAAAAAUAUAUAUUCAAUUACCUAUAACUCACUUUUAGUUAACACUAAAAGGUUUUUCUAGUAAAGGGUUUAUUUGAUUUUUUAUUAGCUUCAAUUUUAGUUUAGAACUAUUGAACCAUGACAACCAUACAGAAACCAAUACUGAACCAGAAGAAACACCUGAAGAAAAUGUAGAAGAACCAAUAACAUUAGAAGAACUACAAGAAGCCAUAAAACAGCUAAGAUAUGGAAAAGCUCCGGGAAUUCACAAAGUAACGGUGGAAAUAAUAAAAAACAUGGGACAACAAAGUACUGAAAUACUACUAGAAAUAAUGAAUAAAGUAUGGAAAGAUGAAAUAUUACCAGAGGACUGGAAAACCGCAUUGAUAGUUCCCAUACAUAAGAAAGGUGACAAAAAAAAAAUGUAAUAGCUACAGAGGAUUGACAUUGCUUAUUCUAAUUUCAUGUCCUAAACAGGUUUGCCCCCAUAAGUUUUUUAGUGUACGUUAAAAAUAUCGAUAAAAAGUAUUAGAAACUGACUGAUUUUUAUCUCUAUUAUGAAAUCAACUAUUAAAUUCAACUAAGCUUUGAAAUUCAAUCGCUUUUUUUCGAUUCUUUAUAUGUACUAAAAAAUUUGCCAAAAUCGAUAUUUUUGACUAUUUAGACCUUUUUACUUAUCAGUACAGCAAUGUAAUCCAGUAAUGUAAAUUGUAUUAAUUAUUGUUGUCAAUACAUUAUUGUUAAACAGUUUUUAUUUGUUUCAUUAUUUUUUACACUUAGUUUUACUGCUUUAAAGAGAUAAUUCAAGAUAAAACAUUUAAAAAAAAUUCCCUAGUUGUCACAUUAAAAAGAAUAUGUGUGAAAUAUAUUUAAAAAGAAGUGGUCUUAAAAAAAGUACCAUUAAUUUUAGUAUAGGAAUGUAUGCAAAUUUGCCAAAAAUAAUUAAAUGUUGGCGUUACGAAUAUGUAUAGUUACGAACUGUCGCGUUACGAGAUGUCAUGAAAUCAGUAAUCGCUGUAUACGUGCGUUUUAAUUGUGACAUUUACAAUAUAGAAAAUACUCGACGGGAAAACAUCGACCAAGUUUGAUGGAAAGAAGUCAUUUCUUUUUUUUUAAGUAGUAGAUCGGAAAUGAUGAUUUUAUUGCAAUUUUGUUUAUAAUGUAAUUAUAAUAGUUGGAUGUUAUGUAUGUUCACGUAUAUUCUAAUCAAAUGAAGAGAAUGUAUAAUUUUAAA